UUUUGAUUGGGGAUCUACGGUAAAUCGAUUUUAACGUUUUGUUUGUUUUUUCCCGAAAUUUCUAUUCCAGAAUUCAUACAGAAUUGAAAAUAAAUUUCUAAGGAUUAAAUUGUUUUCUUGACUUCAGAGUUUUAUAAUUAUUUAUAUAUUUUUUAAGUGAAAAAAGUCCUCUACUAUGGCUAUGUUUGGUAUAAUUGUAUCCGGAAGACUUGUACAAACUGAAUUCCAACAAAUAAAUGAAGCACAUUUCGUAACUACAAUCCCCGAUGCUGAUAACAUAAAUCACAUUGUUGUCUUUCUAACUGGAAGCGUUCCCUUUCCAGAAGGAACUGCAGGUCAAGUUUAUUUCAGCUGGCCUGAUCCAAACGCUCCACCCAACUGGCAACUGCUGGGUUACAUUUCCAACCAAAAGCCCUCGGUAAUAUUUAAAAUAUCAAAUUUCAAGAGGCUAGAAGAAAUGAGCGAUUAUUCAAACAUGAUGUUUGGACAAUCGCACAUUGUUCAUAAUGCUCAAAUAGGAAUUAGUAUAGAACCACUAUGUAAUAUCCGCGAAGUUCCAUCGCCAGACGGUCAAACGACUCAAGUGAAUUUUGCCCAGAAAAUGUUGAAAAAUUUCAUGGACUAUGUUUUAUCCUACACCAUAAACCAAGCUAAUAUGGUUCCAGAUCCUACUGCCACUUAUGUCCCAUUAUCAACAGUACAAAACUGGUACACCAAUUUUGAAAGGAGAUUAACUUUGGCCCCAAACUUUUGGAAAUCGUAAUACGCACAAGCAUUUAUUUGAAGAUUUCAGGAUUUACUUUGUACAUUUUUUGCUUGUCACCUCAAAUAGUAAAAUUUUGCCAAUUAUUUGUGUUUUAUUAAACUUUACAUAACAAAAUAAUGUUUAAAACAAAUUUCUACAUAUAGG